AGUAAUAAUUUCGUCGUCAUGGCAUUUACACGCAUCAGCGCUCUAGCCACUAUUUUGGUCAUCUUCUACGUUUGUGCCACUGCUGCCUCACCCAGCGGGCGCAUUCUGAACGGUGAUGAUACUGCAACCGGUCAAUUACCUUGGGUAGCCUCGGUGCGUGUGGACAAUGCUCACAUUGCUGUGGGCAACAUCAUCAGCUCAAACAGUGUUCUAACCUCAGCACAUGGCCUUUCCGAAUUGGCCACUACAGCUAUUGAUGCUUCACGUGUGUCGGUGCGUGUGGGCAGUAUUAAUCAAUAUGCUGGCGGUCAAAUUGUCAGCGUCAAAUCCAUCUUGAUUCACCCAUCGUUUGGCAAUUUCCUCCACGACAUCGCCAUCAUCACUUUGGAGGAGUCAUUGAGUUUCACCGACAAAAUUGCAGCGAUUACUUUGGCCACUAGCGAAAUAGAUGGAAAUUUAACCGAGGGCACAAAUGUUUCGCUGGCCGGUUGGGGUCUACAGCAAUCGGGUGCAUCGCCCUACAAAUUACAACAGACUACAUUGCAAGUGUUGAGCUCGAGUCUAUGUGAAUAUGAGGCUGGUUAUGGCUACGAUUCGGUCUUGUGCUUGCAACAUCCGGUCAAUCAGGGCAUCUCGCGUGGUGAUGACGGUGCUGGUGUAGUGGCUAACAACACAUUGGUGGGCGUGGCAAGCUUUUUCUUUGGCGCCGGUGGCACCGAAUUCCCCGAUGUGAGCAGCAGAGUGGCUUACUAUAGUGAAUGGAUCGCGGCCAAUACUGCCACAUCGAGCGAAUAAGAAAAUAAAAAGAGUUUUUGAAUAUUUUAAUAUAAGACAAAUGUGUGAGAUAAGCAAAUAAAUGCAUUAACUUGGUAA